GAUCAGAAAAGUGCUUGAAAAUUCACAAUACACAACCCAAUCCGAAGAGACGCUCGUCGACCACGUCCUGAACGUCAGCUAAUAUGCAAGACUUAAUCAGCUGACUGUUGACACAGAGGGAGCUUAAUAUCCAUACUACCUGUUCCACUGACUAGUAUGGCAACGUCUGAUACAAUUGCUGAAAAAGCCGCCAAUGAUGUCAGUAGCGAGCAACCAGUCUCGGACCAGAAAACCUCUUCGGAUACUUCAACCUCGGAGAGCGUGGUAACUGACCAAUGUGGCAGUGCUGGUACAGAGAAUGAAGAGGCAAAGUCUGAUGCUGAAAGUAAGGAAAAUGUGACAGAACCGAAAGAAGAUCCAAAAAAAGAUGAAAACCAAAAACAAAGCACCGAACCUUCUCCAAUUGAGAAAAAGGACAUGGAAGCCAGUUCUGAGGAAAAGUUGGAGCAGAAAAUUAAAGAAUCUGAUCCCUGUUCAGCCAUUAUAAAAACCACUGAAGAGAACUCAAAUGAUCAAAAUGUCGAACAAAGCCUGCCAUCGGUAGACAACACUGAAAUAGAUAAUAAACAGGAAGUGUCAUCAUCAAACUCACAGGAUGUGACAUCAUCCAGUACACAGGAAGUGACAUCACUUGAUACACAAGAAGUGACAUCACUUGAUACACCGGAAGUUACAUCACCUAUUUUACAUGAAGCAAAAACACCUCAAGUGACAACACCCAGUGAACAAGAAGUGUUAUCAAACAAAGAGACACCAUGUGAAAUUUUACCACAGAAGGAACCGGCAGAUGAAAAACCAGAUGUGACAUCAGUGAAUGAGGCGACAGAGAAAACAGCUCUACAACAGAAAGACGAAAGCAAUGCAACCGAGGGAGAAACAACAGACAAAAUCAAUGGUGGUCCUAAAGAUGCAGACAUACAAGAAAAAGAAUCAGAAUCCGAAACAAUAUGUACGGACGAUAAAAACAAACAGGAAAAAGACACAGAAGAAGAAACUACGAAUGAUAAAACCUCAGCUGUAUUGACUGAACAACAAACAGAACAAUCAUUGCCCACGAAUCAAACAGUAAAUGAAGGCAAAAGUACAUGUGAAACACAAGCUUCAAAGGAGAGUGAUAUUGCACAGGAUGGAGGCAAAGUUCAAAAGCAGAGUAGAGGGCAAAGAUCCAGUGCAUCUAGAAUGACUGACUCUAAAGAUCAAGGACAGAUAAUACCAGAUAUACAAGAGGAACCCUUGGCUUUAGUCACCAAACCUAGAACGAAUGACCAAACAAAACCAUCACUACCAGAUGAACAGCCUACAAGUACUGAAAAGCCUGCAGUUGUUCUGGAUGAAACUAGUGAUAGACAAGUGGUCGAGAAAAGCACAGGCGAAGCUGAGCCGAAUGUAUCCGAUACUUCUGGACUGGAUGAAUCAAACAGUACAGAUUGUUCAAAUUUGUCAACACCAGAUCGAAACAGCCGAGGCUCUGGACUCUAUAGGUCCUACAAGUGUAAAGGGUGCAAGUAUAACACUCCUAUCAAGACCAACCUCCGGCGUCAUGCUUCUAUCAACAUUGAAUAUAAACCUUUCCUGUGUAACUUAUGUGGUCACAAGUUCACCGACAAAUCCACACUUAAUUUCCACAACAAGAAAAGACACAGUGGCUUUGAAAACUACGAGUUUUCUCCUGAGAAAGAGAAGGACAAUGCCUUGGAUAAGUACUUGGAAAUGUGUAUCCGCCUUGAAGGCAAGGUGAAAUCCGAAGGUGGAGUGCUAAGGAAUCCUUCCAAGUACAAAGACUGCAAUCUUGUGACAUUUGACAUGUUCAAACAUUUCAAAAGUACAAAUCCAAAGACAUCAACAGGGAAGAAGGAUAUGGAUCAUUCUGGAGAUGGCGAAGGUGAAUUAAAUUCAUCAGAGUCAGGCUUGGAAAAGAAAAUUCAUGCAGAGAAGAAGAGUAAAAUUAUGAAAACAAAGGAACAUGUGUAUGUAACUUACCCAGAUGAACCCACUGUACAAUCUACAGGUGAUGUCACUGAAAUCAGUCCUGUUGUUGGACCAAGAAGAAGAGGGCCGGGUAGAAAGAAAAAGAUUGAGCUUGGAUCAUAUCCUGUUGUUUCUACUGCAGAAAAUGCAUCACAGAUCACAGGAAAUGUUAAUGUAAGUCCACAAAUGAUAAGUCAAAGAAACCAGACUCCUUUGAUAGCUGUUCCUCAUGCUGAGGCUGUAAUGUCUGCUCAAGCAGCAACCCAAGCCGGCAGAAUCAAUCUCAUCCAAACUUUUGGUGGAAUUGCGAUUCCAGUACCAAUGCAGAUGCCAUUGCCGAUUCCUAUACAAGUACCAGCCCAGAUACCAACACAAAUUCCAGCACAGAUGGCUGUACAGCCACAGACCGUGGUUCGUCCACAAGUGGCUUCCCAAGCCUCUCAGACCAAGCUUCCUGAUACAACCCGACAACCAACAGAGAAUGAGGACAAGAAAAAGAAAGGACGAACAAAAACCAUAAGAGAAAUUUUGAAUUUAGACAAUGGUGUUCGUCGACAGAAACUUUCCCAUGGUCAAAUGGUGGAGGCAAAAGCAAGCACAGCAGGAAGUUUGAGGUAUUCGUUGGGCUAUAAAGCUGGUCGUGGAAGAGGUAGGAAGAGAGGAAGUUCAAGGAGAUUUGAAAUAGAAACUGACCAGUCUUCAACAGAUAACUCUGUACCGGAAAGUGAAGUGAGUGGAUCUGAUGGUGAUCCAACCUGGAGAGAUCCUACAGAAAAGAGAAGGGGCAGGGGGAUCGGGAGGGGUCAUGGCAUUGGUCCUUUGAAACGUAAAUAUAUGAGAAUGAAGCUUACAGGAAGUUCACAGGAGCACUUUGUCAUGAAAUCUAAGAGAGGAUCCGGAGUUUCUGUUAAUAUCCAAAAUAAGGAAAAGUUAGUGGAGACAAAAAGGAAAAAAACAGACUCAGAUUUGAAAGAAGAAGUAAAUGCAGGUGCCGAAAUUUCCCUGUCAUCAGAGAAGAAGAGGGUGGGGCGAAAGAGAAAGAUUGACUGUGUGACAGACCCAGCUACAAGGGGUUUAGAGAAACAGAGAAAAAUGGCAAGCGAAACUGGUAUUCUUACAGAAGAAACCAUCAACAAUAGUCUGCUAGCCCUGAAGAGGCGACAGGACAGCAUUACAGCCACAGGCACUCGUGUGAAACGGAAGUAUGUUAAGCGAACAAAAAGUCUUACAAUGCCACCGAAGAGAAACAGAAGUCGCACAGAAUCCAAUAAUGCAUCUUCAUUACUUUCUACCAGCAGUACAAGUAGCACAAUGGAGGAACAGCGAGACCUUAAUGAGACAGGAAUAUCCGUUCCUGCCAGUCCAGAAAAACGAAAAAGAGGAAGACCAGCGUUAUCAAAGAAACCUAACAUAGAUUUAGAAAAAAGACACAUGGUGAGAGGACCUUACAAGAAAAAGCUGAAGUUAGCAUUGCAAGUUUCUGAAAGUGAACAGAAAACAGUUAUACAUUCAGGUUGUGAUAAGUGUCCCUCAGAGGAAGGCUCAGUAGAUGUGAAGAGAAAAAGGAUGAGUACCAGUCCUGGGAGGGCUAACUGUCACUGUGCCACAAGUGAAGGUGACGGAGAAAACCCCAGAACCUCAGUGAAGAAACCAACCCUGCUGAAGUCCACUAGAAUGACAAACUAUGUGAAAAAGUACAGUCAGAAAUAUUCGAAGCUAGCUAAGGCCAAGUCUCAGGCUAAAGUGAUGGUGAAAGCCAAAGACCCACAGAAGAUAAAGUGUCCUCUUUGUGAUUACCAGUCAAAGUCCAUUAACGGGGUGAGGCUUCAUGCCUUCUGGGUACACAAGAUGUGUAAGUACACCUGUACAGAGUGUACUUACUUCACACUUAACAGAUACGAGGGUCUCGCACACUACAAGGAGGAGCACCCCGGAAAGACGGUGAGCCUUGUACGGAGUUUCUGUCUGUUAAAAGACCUUGAGGUAGACACUACUCCAGGACUACAGGGAAAGGUCAUGACCUUAUCAAUCGACGGACAAACAUCACCCUCCAAACAACAGACUCCAAGUAAGAUCGACGUCUAUGAGUACAAUCUUUCUUCAGAAUCCUCACCUUCCAAGUCAACUGGAGCACCGGACAUAACAAAUACUGAAGACAGAGCCAGGGUGUUGAAAGGCCGUUGCCCUAAGUGUCCGUUUGAGUCGACAGUACGUGGCGUUGGGCAGCACCUGAUGCUAGCACAUGACACCAUGAACUGGGUAUGUAAAGAGUGCAAGUAUAAAUCGCACUCCAAAUCUCUCACCAUUCAACACAUUCGACGCAAUCACAAAGACAAGCAGCCAAUAGUUUACAGAAAAGCAAUCUUGGUCAAACCAGAUCCAGAACUCAACUUAGAAAUCUCCUCACCAAAAGGUUCGUCUACACCAAAGUCUUCUAAAGGUAGUAUCGAGCCAGAUUCUACUGUUUCUGAUCUUUCUCCGACUAUGCCAAAAUUGAAGAAGUUUCCUAAGACGUGGAAAAUGAAACUAAAUUCUAUGAAAGAUCGGGAAAAUCUCAAGCAGCUUAUUGCAAAGCGCAAGGGAAAGACAGGAAAGGUCAAGACAUCAGAGAUAGUACCAGCAGCAGAAAAAUCGUCCACAUCCUAUACAUUACAUCCAAGAAAGAUGGAGGCAUUGGAGGUUGGCUUCAGCUGUGUAUACUGUUUCUAUGCUGCCCCACUGCGUCACCAGCUCCAUUUACACUGUUACGAUAAGCACACAAAUCACCCAGCGUGUCUCAUGGAAUUUACCAAGGACACCACUGUGAUGGACUUUCUUGGGGACAAAUCUCUUAUGAAAUUAACUGACAAGGGAAAACCCUUAAAAUCUGAGCUGGGUAAUGGCAAGAAGGAGAUGUUUUCAGACAAGGAGCGUGUGCAGAGAAUCAUCAAGUGGAAUAAUGACCCUGCUUCAGAAGACAAGGAGGAUGUCAGUUUAAGAGGAGAAGAAACAAAAAAGGGAGAUAACUGUCUUGACACUAAAAAUCAACACGAAGAACUUCCUAUCAAAGACAAGUCGUUAAAAGAGAGUGGGGUUGCUAAGGAUGUAAACAUUGGUGUUCUGUCUGUGCAGCCUCAUAAAGUAACGCUGUCUCAUUUCUCCACUCAGUCAGACAACGAGGAGGAUAGGGUUACAAAGACCGUCUGUCCUGCUGAUAAGCCGGUGGCAUCCAGCAAAUUACGGAUAUGUAAACCCUUCUCCAACCCCCUGACCCCUCUGGUAGCCAGUCUAGGGGCCAGUCAGGUCAAGCUCCACGACACAUUCCAGUCUAGUCUGGACGAUCUGGACACAAUCCUGUCAAACUUCGGGGUCCGAACCCUGAACAUGGACAUGCUGACAAGGAAACAGUUCACGGACUAUAUUCAUAGAUUUGGCAACAGCCUUCAGCAAAUGUGAGAGAAUUGAUUGACAUCAUUUUGUUAUGUUUAUCAGAAAUCCUUCAAGUAAAAUGAAAGUUGUCAAUUUGACCCAUUUGUUUUGCAAACAGUGUGAAACAUGUAAUAUUGUCAAAACGGUGUUUGUUGGUGUAGAUCUAGAGCUUAUGCCAAUUUUGCAGAAUUAGAAUUGAUGGAAUCUCACCUGAGGGAACAUGAUUUGAUUGAACAUGAUUUGAUUGUCAGUAUUUAUAAAACAGGUUUUGUUUAGGUUGUAGAUAUGUGUUAGUAUUGAAUGAUGUUUCCAGAUUUAAUCUACGUUUGUUUUUUGUUUUUCUGGGUUUGUUUUGUUUAGUUAUGAUUAUGAUGAACAUGAUCAUGUCGGGUAAAGAAAUCAAAAAAGUUGUAUUAGUUUUCAUGAACGUUCAUGUCAUUGUGAAAAGCAUGGACAAAAGAGCUAAUGUCAUUUUUUGUGUUUUAUUGUAUGUAAAUGUGGUUUAACCAUGGAGUUUCCUCUUGUUUAACCAAAAGUAUUACAAUGUAUUCCACUUGAUGACAUAUUACUAGACGUCACAUUUUGAUGAACAGCAUGUGUAUCAUUAACACUCUCUAUAAUGUAUAUUGUAUGUUGUAAGUUAAAUGGCAAGGUGUACAAAAUAAUUCAUCACUCGUAAAAAAAACAUAAGUGCACAGCCUUAUAUCUGAAACAACAUGGAAAUUAAAAACGGAUUUAAAGUAUACGGUUCAAAGUUUAAUAAGGGCAAUUUUAGUUUUCUCUAAGGUUGGUACAGGUGUAUAAUUUGACAUGUUAGGAAUCUGAUACGAUUUGAAUCCGAAAUGGGUUACAUUUUCUGGAAUAAUAAAUAUGGUCUCUGAAAAGGACUUAUAUCUGUACCAGUAUGUACCCUGUAAGUCUCAGAAGAUUUGAUUACUUCAGGUCUCAAAUAAACUCUUUAUUUAGGAGCCAUGGACCCCCAAAACAGUUCCUUUGGGGCCAGCAGGCACCUCCUUAUGAUAAUUUUGCACCUCUAGAAAUGGGAUUUAGGCGUAUCAUCUCUUUUUAAGCAUUUUAAUUUUCCAUUGGUGUUCUAAAAUUUCACUUGAGGACAUGCUGCCUGCUUCUAGUACGUGCAGGUAUCUCAAUCUAUCUCUUUAAGCAGCCAUUGCCCCUGAAAUUUCUUAUCAGUCUGUUAAAAUAUUCUCUUUGGUGGACAGCUGGCUCUAAAUUGGAAAGGUGUAGUAAUAGUUCUGACCAUAUAUAAAACCAGUUAAAGAAAGAGUUCUUGAGAUUUUGCAGAAUUGAAGCAUAAACCUGUUGAAUUUGUAUUUAGCUGACAUUAGACCUUGUGUUAUUCACAAAUUGUUUAGAGUAGAUAAUUGAAGUUCAUUUAAUGUAAAUAAUUCUUCUUUUUCUUGCUGAAUUUUAUUUCUACUAUUACUUCAAGUGCUUUAUUUGUUAUUUAAUUUCCCAUUAUUUCAGCUAUUUGUUCAAUUGAAAGUGUAGAAAACCAUAUCAUUUCCGUGUCACUGUUUGAUUUUCACAGGUCAAUAUUUAUGUUUCCUUCGUUUAAAGUGUCGGCUUGGCAGAUUAUCAAAAUAAAUGUAUUUGUUACAUGUAUAAUAUUUGAAUGUCUUAAAAUGUCAGCAAUUAACAAUAGAUUUUAGGUAAGAAACCAUUUUUUAUCCGUAUUGCACAGUAUUUCCAAGAAAGGUAACAUGAGUUAUCUCCCAUUUUCAUGACAUUCUAAUAGGUUAUGGCCAUAUCUCCAACUAACACAGCGUUUUUUCCCUGGUAAGGAACCUCUACACUCCAUUUGCCUCUCUGUCCAAUGAAUGUUCUAUAAAACUUUAUAAGAUAGUGUUUUCAAUAACAGUGAUUAUUGAAAGACACACUGUUUUAUUUGCUUAAGCGAUGCAAAAAAAAAAAAAUAAUAAUAAUAAUUUGAGGUUCUUAUAUACUGCUUUAUCACA